CGCGCCUAUUUUUUAGUUAUUUUUACAUUUUAUGCCACAUCAGCUCUCAGAAAGCAAAUAAUAUUAUUUUUUUAUAUAUUAGGUUUGUAAUAGGUCACUACUGAAAUUUAAGUGUGAAUUCAACUUUUUGGGUAUAGUGUGCGUUCAUCUAUUUUGCGACCUUUAACUUUGCUAAUGCUUAUGCAUAAACUGAAUUAUAUAUCGAUCAUCAAAUAGUACUAAUGUUCCAGUCUCCACUAUCAUCCUGUACAACUACUGCCCUUCUUCCUCACACUAGCUAGCCCUAGGCCCGUUAUAUAUACACUUUCUAACCCCUGUAGUUUUCUCCUCUGUUUCCACAUUUUAUUUUCCAGGACUGAUUUUGGAAUACAAUGGGCAAGAAUAAGAGCAUGAAGAAUAUUGAAGGAGAUAUGAAGAGUGAAGAACAGCAGAAAAAGGAAGGAGGAAAGAAUGAAGGGAACCAAAGUGUGGUUUUGAAAGUAGAUUUUCAUUGUGACGGUUGUGUCCGUAAGAUUAUCAAAGUUGUUCGAAGUUUUCAAGGAGUCGAAAAAGUCGUCUGUGAUAAUGAUGCCAAUAAAGUGACGGCAAUCGGGAAAGUGGAUCCAUUGAAGCUAAAGGAUAAAAUGGAACGGAAGUUGAAAAAACCAGUUCAGGUUAUCUCUCCGUUACCAAAGGAUUGCAAAAAAGAGAAGAAUCAAAAUGAAAAUGACACAAAGGGAACCAAAGGAGAUGGCAAGAAGAACAAAGAGAAAGAGCCUCCGGUCACCACUACGGUACUCAAGUUGCAUCUGCACUGUGAAGGAUGUAUUGAGAAGAUGCACAAGAUCAUCACUAAGAACAAAGGUUACAAGGAGAUGAAAAUAGACCAUGAAAAGGACCUGGUGACAGUGAUAGGUUCAAUUGACAUGAAGGAAUUGGUGGAGGAACUGAAGAAGAAGCUGAAAAAAGACGUUGAAAUUGUGCCGCCAAAGAAGGAAGGAGGAGAGAAGAAGGAAGGAGGAGAGAAGAAAGAUGGUGGCGAUGGAAAGGGAAAAGCUAAGGAUGGGCAAGGUGGCGGCGACAACAAGGUGGUGAAUAAUGGAAUGCAUAAUGACAAGGAUCAGUUUGGGUAUCCGUACAUGGACCAGAUUUUUAGUGAUGAAAAUCCUAAUGCGUGCAGUAUUAUGUGAGGGAGUAUACUGGAUUAUUGGCAUACUCUUUUUUUGAAUAGAAGAAUGAUACAGUUUUAGAAACAAUUUGAGAUGAAAAUUGUAAAUAAAGAACAGGGGCUGGAGAUGAAUAUGGGUCAAUUAUAUAUAGUUAUAUACGGAGUAGUAGGUAUAUGUUAUUAGGCUAUGGGAAGCUGAUUAUUGUUGAAUUGGCUCAACUAUGAACAAUGCCAUUCCCUUUUUGCUAGUGAAACUUCUGUGUGACGAUUAGUAACUGUCAUUGAGGCUAGUUGAAGACAUUUAUCUUACAUAUGGAAUUGGUGCAAUUCUUAUGGGAACUUGAUUUAUACUGUUUAAAACAGUUUGUUCCAACUAAAUGUGUUGGUUUCCAUU